UCAGAGGUGGGAGAGAGCGAGAAAGAGAGAGAGAGAACACACACACACAGCACACACACACACUCACACAAAAUGGUACUGCGUCAUAACAACACAGAGUUAGUGAUUGCAAUCGGAUCUCCGUGCCCUCUGUGUUUGGGACAGAACCACCUUCUGUCCGUCUCUGUCUGUUCCCGGAGGUCUUCCUCACAGAGAGCAGGACAGCAGGGUGCAACGUGCCUCCCCGGGGGAACAACAUCCUGGUGCUGCCCGGGUGUGUGCAGCAGAACUCCAGCAUCAGUGAUUUUGUUGCCUUGGGGAGUGCGAUCUCAGCGACGUUCUGCUGUGCACUGUCAGCAUCAUGAUCGUCACUAUUAUUAUUACAUUAUUUUAACAAUGGAUUAAUGCUGUAAAAUGACGGUCAAUUGCUUAUUUAAAUGAUCAUAUACAUAUAUAUGUACAUAAUUCCACACACCUCACGUAAUGGAUAUUAUUGUAAUUCAUAAUUUUACAAUCUGAAUAAGUCAUUUUAAAGUUUGCUAUUAUAAUAUCACUAGAACUAAUUAAUGUUAUUGGGAGUCUUAGUAUUAGUAUCGGUUAUUGUGUUAUUUGUGAUAUUAGUAUUUAGACUUGAUAGUAACGUAAAAAAUAUAUUUUACUGUUUUUGAUUAAUUUAGAAGGUCAUUUGCUGUCACCGAGAGGUAUUGUGCAAGACCGGUGUUGUAUCGGUGUGUGCGAUCUCAGGAAAGGCCACUAAGUGGUGCCAUAUUCAACUAAAACUGGACAACAAAAGUUAGAUGGUCACAGGGCAACGGACAACUGUAAAUGUCAAACCCUGAUUCGUGUAUUUUCAGUUUAUUUUUUAAUAAUUGACUUGUAUUGACAGCUACAAAUCGAAUUAAAUGUUGAAAUAAACAAUAAGCAUACUUGCUAGAUUCUCUGUGGUGCCGCGUCUGUGAUGGGCAUUUGGACGGUCGGAAAGUUUGGGAACCACGACUUAAUUAAUUAUUUUUGUAAAAUUAAUAAUUACAAUAAUAUGACUAAUGAGAACUAAUACAACUAUAAGUAUGAUGCAAUGUAUUACUUACUUACCCCCUUUUAUAACGAUACAAUACACCGCAAUCACCUCAUAUUCAAGUAUGACAUGAUAUAUUAUGAUAGUUAAUAGAUCGCAAAAAGUAUGAAAUUAGUAUAAUAUAAACCCAUAAGGAAUUUAUUGAUUCUAAUUCUUCUACAAUAUUAUUCUCGCAAUGUGUGACUGUACAGCAAAGAGCUCCAGUGUGCAUUUUCUCGAACGGAAGCAGCAGUUGCUUAAGUCCAUGAUCUCCAUUGAUCGUCCUGCUCCGCUCUACUGCAGCAGAGCGAUGAACAGCCCCACCACCUCACCUCACCCCCCCUCCAUCCUAGAGUGCCCGAGAUCUGCGUCCAAUCUCUGUCCCUACACCUCCGGCUCCUCUCUUCCCUUCCCUCUCUGUCCUGAUCCCUUGCGCUCUCUGUCUCUCUCUUUCCUUUCGUCCCGCUAUCGCUUCUGCUCCGGAAUCCCCCCCCCCCCUCUCCUUGUUUGUCUCCUAACCUCUAUCUUUUUCUUUUUCAUUUCCUCAUUCACAUUGCUGCAGAUCACUGCAUGAUUCUCUCUCUCUCUCUCUCUCUCUCUCUCUCUCUCUCUCUCCCUCUCUCUCUCUCUCUCUCUCUCUCUCUCUCUCUCUCUCUCUCUCUCUCUCCCUCUCUCUCUCUCUCUCGCCCUCUCUCUCUCGCCCUCUCUUUCUUGCCAUGCAUGUUGUUGUUGAUUCUUAAAGAUCCUUGUUGUUGUGGUGAGGCUGCUGUGUCCUGGUGACCCUUGCACACUGCGCAAAUGUCUUGUGCAAGCCAUCCAUAACAGGGACGUGGAAUGAAUGAAACGCACAGAACGCAAGUGGGAUAUACCAAGGACGGAGCCUGCUCUGCUGUAUCACUGGAUGGGCACCAGAAUGAUUGGUUGAAUACCAAGGGGCGUGGCCACAGUGGCAACGUGGGCGACCACAUCAGAAGAAGGAAUGAGGAGCUCCAGUUCUGGAUCAGCUCAAGCCAGGUGACCCAGGCUGACAAGGGGGGCCUGGCACCCAGCUGGCCCCAGAGAAGGUCCUUGGUCUCCUGGUCAAAGAGCGGAAGGGGGCGCCAGCCAAGCUGGCCGUUGCCAUCUCCCUCCUCCCUGACCGCCAUGCCUAGGCAACUGUGUUUCCUGGAGCGAUCAAAGUCAAUCUGCCAUCUGAGAGAUCCUUUAGGAACAUGCCAAGGGGGGGGUUUGGGGGUAGAGUGGGAGAGAGAAGCAGACUGGAUCAAACUCAGCGCCACAGAAGAGGAGCUGUACAGUUGGAUCAUGCAAAAUAAAAGAGAAGCGAUUGUCGCUAAACCUCAGCAUACACUUCCAAUGAUUCUCUAUGCUGAUGACUGCACCGUUCUGCCACAGAAACUUGAUAACGCAUAUUACCCAGGAGGGGAUGAGGAUUCCACCAAUGGAAAUGUUGGCUACCACACGUCUCAU